AUGUAUCGUGACCACCUCAAGUGGCGGAAGGAGAACGACGUGGACGACAUACUGCACAGCUACGAGAUGCCUGAAAUACUGAGAGAGAACUGUCCCAGAUUUUUGUUGAACGCUUGCAAAGACGGACGCCCCAUGUGGAUAGUCCCAUGCGGAGUCAAUGUCAACGCAAUGUUGGAAGAACUGACACCUGAAGUUAUCAAGCGCCACGGCAUCUACUUGCUGGAGUACACUGAAUCGCUGUGCCGGAGCUCCUCCAACGAGAUGGGGCAAGAAAUUCACACCUACUACACGGUGGGUGACUUGGAGAAGUUGGUCCUUGGUCAUAUCUACUCUUGGCAAGCGCUAAAGAUUGCAGCUGUCCUAAUUCGGAUGCUGGAAGACAACUACCCGGAGUGCCUAGAGAAGGUCAUUGUCAUCAACGCACCAAGCUUCUAUUCCAUCCUGUGGAGAUUUGCGCGAACGGUAUUGUCCGAGAGAACAGCCAACAAGUUCGAAGUCUACGGUAAAGGUACGUAA